CCAUAAACAACUUACCUCCGAACAGUGUAAAUCUCGCAAUCAAAUCUCAGCUGGUAAGUAAUUAAGUUCAGCCAAUUCUCAGGUUUUUUUUGUGUUUCUGAAACUACUUUUAGCACAAAAUCAGUGCGUUCUAAGGCUGAUUUUUAGGCGGUUUUGGACUGUUUUUAUCGCUGUUUUAGGCUGAUUUUUCAGCUGUUUUGGACUGUCUUUAUGGCGGUUUUAGGCUGAUUUUCGUCUGUUUUGGACUGUUUUUGUAGCGGUUUUAGGCUGAGUUUUAAGCUGUUUUGGACUGGUGUUAUAGCGGUUUUAGGCUGAUUUUUAAGCUGUUUUUAGCCUAUUUUGGACUGUUUUUAUCGGUAUUUUAGGCUGAUUUUUAGGCGUUUUAGACUGUUUUUAAAGCUGUUUUACGCUGAUUUUUAGGCUAUUUUGGACUGUUUUUAAAGGGGUUUUAGUCUACUUUUAGGCUAUUCUGGACUGUUUAUAAAGGGGUUUUAGGCUGAUUUUUAACCUAUUUUGGACUGUUUUUAAAGGGGUUCCAGGCUGAUUUUUAGGCUUUUUAUAGCAGUCUGCUUUAGACUGUUUUUGUAGCGGUUUUAGGCUGUUUUCAACUGUUUUUGUAACGGUUUUAGGCUGAUUUUAGGCUUUGUUGCACUGUUUUUGUAGCGGUUUUAGGCUGAUUUUUCGUCUGUUUUGGAGUGAUUUCAUAGCGGUUUUAUUCUGACUUUUAGGCGGUAUUGCACUGUUCUUGUAGCGGUUUUAGGCUGAUGUUUAGGCUACUUUGGACAGUUUUUGUAGCGGUUUUAGGCUGAUUUUUCAGCUGUUUUUAUAGCGUCUUAGGCUGAUUUUAAGCCUAUGUUGGACUGUUUUAAUCGAUGUUUUAGGCUGUUUUUUCAGUUUUGCCACUUUCUUCUCCUAACCGUAGUUUUAUUUUCUCUGUAGUUCGAUGCGCCAAUUUUUUUUUGCCUUAUUUUCCUUUGCUAACAGACAACUAAGACGAAUUUGGCUUGCUCAGUUGAACAUUUCUGUUACAUUGCCAAUAUUUAAUUACAAUAAUGCAGGCUAGUUUCCUGACCGUGAUUUCCUCUGGAGCUCUAAUUGAUCGGUUUGGUUUAAGAUAGUUUUAAACAAGUGGGCUGGGAAUUCUUUAUGUAUCUUUAACAGCGGAGAAAGCUCGGUAAAUAAGAUCAUGAUAGACUGCUUUUGAAGGUUAGAACGACAAAGGGAAAGGUUCACGACAAAAACUAUACAACAACUUUGUUAGGCUGUGUACUCUUUUAGCAGAACUCCAGUUCUCCACUAAUCGUAGACACAACAUCAAGCACUUGAUGAUCACACAACAGGAACAAAUCGCGGUUCCAAGUUUUUUCUCUUUUACAAGUCAAUUCAGCAAACAAUAUUAAUGAUAAAUGAUUGUGUUUGAGUUGUAAUAAAAGAAGGCAAACUGAUUUUUUCCUUUUAUUUUGUUUAUAAACUACCGAGCAAGAUUAGCAAAACAACAAUUUUGCACGUGCAGCACACUUUUUGGUACAUUUCUUUGCUCUCACUACUCGACUACAACGUGAGAUUGCCUUAUUUCAUGUUUAUUGAGAAAGUAAACAAACGACGACGAUUUCUCUUUCGUUUUUGCCGCCGUCUCCGUUUGUUGCCCUCUUGAUAGAGUCGGCCGCUGACACCAGUUAACUUAGAAGUCAUGGACUCAAGGGCCAGUUGUUCGAAAACCGAAGUUUCUUCAGUUUUCUUUCGUUCAAAAAGCAUUUUUUCUGAUAAUUUUCUCCAUUCUCUUUAGAGCAUUCAAUCAUCCAAUUGUAAACAAAAAGAGUUCUACUAAUUUGGGUUUUUAGGGCUUCAUGUCUGAAUUUCAGUGUCGCACUAACCCUGGGUUAUCUUAACACAGCUUAGAACAACCCCGCCCUGGUUUCUCUUUAGGAAGCCUGAGAAGAGCCUAGUUUUCUUGGGUUCAAAAACCACGGCAUCGUCAUAAAUGGCUAAUUCGUUUUUUGCUUUUGCAGUCGUAUAACACAGAAAAGGCCGGAUCCUACGAUGUGGUUUAUUAUUCCAGUUCAACUGGUCCUUUUGUUUAGCAGCUCCUUUUUGUUUUACUCGUGUAAGUAAUUGGAUUAUUGAAUCAUGUUGCAGCUGGUUUUACCGAAAGGCAUUUCAGUUCUCAAAACAUGUGACCUUUUUCUUAUUGCUUUGCACACAUGUACCGAUGUAAAAAGAUCAGAAGGGUAUUGAUUCGAAUUUUAGCUAAAAAAUGUGUACACUAUCUAUAAAUCUGACAAGGAAUCCCACCGGUAUCCAGUACCUGGAAUCCACUACGUUUAAUCUAAGAAUCCUAGACUUUACCUUACAUGACGAGGCUGCGAUGAAAGAACCAUCUCUCUGAGGAGAGUUGCCUUCUUGUUGACUGUUAAUCAGAUCAUUUCUUUGGAAUAUGAGGAGAGGAAGGUCUAGUAUAACGUAAUGUUGAGUAACUAGCUAGUUCAUAUUUUGAUACAUUUAUGCUUAAACAGAUCAGAAGUGAAAAAAUGAACAAAUUCAGUUAAUUGUUCUCAAUUAUAAUAUUCUAAUACUUUCAGCUGCCGCAAGAUCAUGCUACAUGCAAAACUGGGGAAGCAAUUUUAAAAAAAGCGAUGAAACAGCAUGUGGAUCGUAUUAUAAUCUUGUGGGUUUCGAACGAGAUGGCACUAACAACUUACGAGGAAUAAAGCGAGCUAAAUGCUGCCGUCGAGAUCAAACCUUCUGGAAUCAACCUACCCAAUGUCAGACGCCCGAUUGGAUCAGGUCACUUGACGGGUAAAUAAUUUCUUGGACUGUAACCCCCUUUUUAAAGUUUUGUCUCCGGUUUUUACAACUGUAAGAGGCUAUAAUACCGCGCGGGUACGUUAGGUCAUCUAUUGUGCCCCGCGCAAUAAGAACACAGGUUUUCGCUUCAUGUUGCCCGCUAGCGGAACCAACCGUAUAAUAAAUAAAUAUGCGUUUUUUAUCAAGCGUGAGCUGGUCAAGAAGCCUGGAUAUUGUCCAAGUUCGUUUUGUGGUAGUAUUACGGAGCUUAAGCAAACACGUUUUUGAGCUUCGCACGUCAACCGGAAGUGUGGUCUUUUUUCCUCCACUAUGCCUUUACGCGACUUAAUUUGUAUUACUAAGUGUCUUCACUCAUAAGAAGAAGAUUUGCCUUAGAAUUAUAGGCAAAAACACUACCCGUUGACUUCCGGUUGACGUUCGUCGCUCGAAAACGUCUUUACUUAAGCUCCCUAUUAUGGGCCGAGACGAAGUCGAGGUCAAUAAAAACGGGAAAAAAACGAGGCCAAUAUUCAGCCAUUUUGACUGAACAAACCUGGUCAAUAAAGGAUUUAUUAUAAUCACCAAAAAGUAUACCUUUUCUUGCAGGACCAACGCGUGAAAUCCCGAGUGGGUCCACCUUGCCCGCUCACUUAGCCAAUCAAAACAUAGGAUUCGCUUUAUCUUGCCCGCGGGCGGAGUAAGCCAUAUUUAGAAGUAACUUAACAUCUGUCGAGAUUAACAAGUGUGUUCUACCUUAAAGUUGAGUGUCUCAGUACAAAAGGGAUGACUAGGGAUGACUAGGGAUGACAAGGAAUUAUUUGGGAUGACUUGGGAUGACAAGGGAUGAGUAGGGAUGACUGGGAUAACUAGGGAUGACUGGGAUGACUAGGAAUGACUAGGGAUGCCUUGAGAUGACUAAUGAUGACUAGGGUUUAGAACAGCCAAUGGGCAGUAUCGCGUCGUAUACAAUAAUCAAAAUAAUCUGCUUUUUUCAAUGUUUUUAGUCGCAACAUUUAUAUUCGCUAGGAGGCCAAGAAAGGUGACCAAGGCAAUAAGAAAUUCAUUUUCCAACUUGUUUUAGAUUUCUAUUAUCAAUAAUGUUACCCUGCAUGCAGAGGUUUCUCUCUUGCAUGGCUUUUAGCGUUUACGAAGUCGUUCGCGUCGCUUGUCUGUCGCGUAGGCUUGUUUCAUACCCCCAAAUUUAAACCGAUAAUGCGACAGACAAGCGACGCAUACUUAAAACCCAUGAAAGAGAGAAUCCUCUGCCUGCAGGUUCUAUAAAGGAUAUAACAUGACCGCGGGGAAAUACGAAAUUUCUCUGCGAGUGUUGAAAAAUGUUUUUCAACACGAGAAGAGAAAUUUCGUAUCUCCAAGCGACCAUGUAAUGUCCUAUUUAUUGUAUAAACACUCAUGAAAUACCAAACCAUUUUACUUAAAUAGUUUUUUGGUCUGAUAGGUGCGGUUUAUUAUGAAGCCAUAACAACGGUGAUAUUUUCACAUGUGAAGAUAUCAAGUUUUCGCGCGAAAGCUCACUUGGUAUUUCAUUGGUGUUUAUAUAAUGAAUUACUUUACACUGUUUUAGUAAAUGAAGUUAUCAUUUAUCAUGUACCCACGAUGUUUUGACGUUUACUUUUCUCAGCACUGGAGUAAGCAACUGCCAACAGGGUUUCUUCCUCCGAGGUUUGUAUCGGUCAAACGGAGACGGACUGUGGAAUAUCGAGUGGGGUAAAUGCUGCAAACCAUCUCAGCAUCCUUACCAUUGGGGUGGCUGCUAUGACGAAGAUGUUAGCAACACAUUUAAUAAAGCUGGACUCAGCGAAUGUCGCAGGGAUGGAUACUUUAUUGCAGGUUUCCAGAUUCAGGGUUCACAGGGAGGACUGUCGAACAUCAAGAAGUUCAAAUGUUGCAAAAUGGUCAAUGGUAAGUCUGAAAGAAAUCUUUGAAAUACAUCUAGAUUGGCCAGUCGAAUCAGAUAUUAGCGAACGAUAAGCAGUUUAUCAUUUGUUGAAUUGGCAACAAAGAUAUUUGCGAAAAAUGAAGACUGAAUUUUUUUCUUUAGAUUUGAAGGAAUGUGUAUCCCCACCAUACAGCUACUUUUCAAAUCUUAUUUUUAAAAAAAAUGUCUUAAAAGGUCUGGUCCUUGUGUUCAGAAUGGAAACUAGUCCGGUCAGAAAAUUCGAGAAAAAAGUCGGCAAAAAUGUUAAGAAAAAAAAAACGGGAUAUAAAACUAAAAGCGAGGAGAAAGUCCAGAAAAGGAAAAUCGGGCACAAAAUUUGCAUGACACUAAUCGGACUCCGUUACUUUGUCGUAUUUAAUUAUUUUCUUAUAUGCAGGGUUUAAUAAGUGAAAAUAAUUUAGCUAUGAGUUGCGCCUUUUUCAAUAAUAUUUUAGUUAAGGCCUUUUGAAUACCUAAACGGGAGAUUUCCCUACCCUUCCAUUUACUUCAACUCGUGAAUUUCUCACCCUUUUCUAUACCUGAAGGCAGAACUGAAAAAGGUAGCCCAGUUUCACGCGGAGCGUCCUCUCACUUCUUAGCACUCACAAUAAAAAUAACUGACCUUCUUUUGUCCCAGGGGGUUGGGGAAACAAACAUACGCCUCUCAGUUCGAAGGGACCACCAGCUUAUACUUAACCUAAACCUACCUAAACCUGAAAUAUGCUGUUUACUCUGAUUUUUCUCUAGAAAUUCCGAAGCUUAAAUCAUUGGGCGAACUGAAGCAGCGCGUGAUGGAUGUUACCAUGUUUAACCUCGGUCAGUUGGCGAGCAUGAUGGGAUUUGCAUGGUCUGGUGGAUGCUUCGCUAAAUACUCAGGGGACGAUUUCCGUCGUAACGGCGACAAAUGGGAAUCUACCUAUAGGUAAUCCGGCAGUAACAUGAUUUCCAGACAGUUUUGUCAUGCUUCCUCAGUUCUUCAUUACGAUGACCUAUAACUCGUCUGGAAAGGUUUUAUGAAUACUUUUCUUUAUUUAAAAUACUUUUUGUGAAAAAGGAAUAUUUUAGAAAACUUCCUGAGAAUGUGAUUAGUUUUACCGUUUUUGAAAAUCUAAGGCAACGCUCAAGUUAAACACAAAUUCUGAACAUCAAAGUUUCACAGUUGUUUUUUUGGUUUUAACGUUUCAUGUUGAAAGCUUAAAAUAUCAUUAAAUGACUGGUCAUUAUAUCAGUUACCUUUAUAUUUUUUUGUGAUCUUAAUUAGAAUUAUUCCAUAAUAGAAGACAACUGGCCGCAAAAUAUUACAGCUUAGCGGUUCACAGUAUAAGACGGUUCUUUAAGCUCUUUAUAAUGUUCCUUUUUUGUCAGAACAAGUUCUAAAACUUUUACUAUUACUUUAAAACCAUUCCCAUAUUGGGCGUGCAAUACAUUGGUUUUUGUUUAUAAUAAAGCACGUGAUAUGAAAAAUGGUUAGUAACCAUUUCUUCGCGUUUAUUUUGGUGGCAGAUCGCACUGGUGUACAGGAAAUGGUCCGAAAAAAGACGUUCGGCUGAAGAUCACUUACGAGAACUUUGCCUAUACAAUGAGAGAUGUUAAAUUUGGGAAGUCCAUUACACAGACCAUUCCCUUGGACAGAGAGCAAGAGUUGCUUGAUUCUCCAGACAGAAGCUAUAGCAAGACAGCGUACAACAGAAAAAAUAGUAACGGUACGUCAGUAGUGGAACAGGAGAUUCGCAGCGCUAGGACCUUGAAAAAUGUAAGGAGAAGCAGCUGGGAUGGAAAUAUUGGAAUUGAGGUGGGUUUGGAAUACGAACCUCCAAGUACCACUGGAGGGGUGGGGUUUUCUGCUAAGACGAGCUUUAAAUAUGAGUGGGGAGGCGAAGAAGAAGAUACAACCGCUGAUGAAGAUUGGCAUAUUUUGUGGUUGAAAGAAACAAAAGAGUUACCUGCAAACACAUUUGCUGAGUGGCAUGCCUUUAGAAAGCCACAAAAAGUGACAAUUCCUUAUACUGCUACAGUCCUUCCAACAUUCACGGUUACACUAGAAGGUUAUAUGGUCUGGGGAGGUGGUUACCAUGGAAACAGUCCAAACUUUCAUUGGGAGCACCGCGGCUCAGGUGAUCGAAAAAAGAUUUCGUUUAAGUUUGGAAAUGACCAGAAGCCAUUCUAUGAAGAUCUCGAGGAGCAAAUCGAUCAGAACAAAUACCCUUGGCAGUGGCACGCCAUGAAACAACAUUACCCAUAUGCACAAUAUUUCAUCGACCAACUAAUCAACAAAGACCUCUAUUCUUUCACCAUGGUUGGUCAGUUUGAGGAAUCCACCGAAAUUGAAGUGAAAUCCUAUUGGUAUCCAUCCAAGUCUUUGGACCAAAUGACACACGAUGCACCAAAAAAGACUAAAGAUAAGGCAAACAAGAGUGGGAAACCUGUGGAGUUUCCUCGCGUGUUGCCUGCACCACCAAAAGUUCAGACCAUCGACAACAGCAAGGAAAUGAAGGCACCUCCAGAGAAAAAUUUUAACGACAAUGAUCGUGAUACCGAGUACAAGUUCCCCAGAAUUAAACCAUCGCCACCAGAAGUGAAGCUUAUUGACAACAAGAAGGACACGAAGCCGCCUCCUCAAAAACAAUGAGCAUUUACUGGGUGAACUGAUAAAUGUUCCCUUC